AUCCCGGUUGCAUUGUGAAGAUACUGUGCUGUAUGGCUACAUGUGCCGUUUUGGAUCACACUCCGGUACUUAAAAGGGUCUAGUACGCGCGGUAACUAUGGCAACCUGUGGAGGCGCACUACUUUGAUAAGCAUCCUUCCCUACUUCCCUCCUGCUAAAGAAUGGAUUUCUGUUGAGUGACACGAGAGAGAGAGAGAGAGAGAGAGAGAGAGAGAGAGAGAGAGAGAGAGAGAGAGAGAGAGAGAGAGAGAGAGAGAGAGAAUGUGUUUAUGCUUCAGGGUGGUAACCGGUUCAAGUAGUGAUGCUCCAGCGAACAGCCAUCACGCGUUUCACGCACUCGGUGUUUCCAGAUUAGGGGAUUCCCUUCUUGCCAAGGCAGGUUUAUAGGCUUGCGUAGCUCAAACACACUUGGAUACAGUUUGGACUGGUGUACAACGAUUUUAGGGAGUAAAGGCAAUCUGGCAACCCGUGUUUCGGUGGAAACUGAACGGUGCGCAGCAGAGACAUGGACUCGGGAAUGCAGCGUGACAACAAAAAAAGUGAACUGGUGAAGUGAGCUGGGCUGUGCUUGUGUAACUCUGGUCAUCGCGGUGUGUGCGUGUGCAAGAGAGAGAGAGAGAGAGAGAGAGAGAGAGAGAGAGAGAGAGAGAGAGAGAGAGAGAGAGAGAGAGAGGCUCGGCGGUGCGCCAUGGUGGAGCUGGAGAAGGAGGUGCUGCCGCUGCCGCCGCGCUACCGAUUCAGAGACCUGUUGCUCGGAGACUGGCAGACUGACGACAGAGUCCAGGUCGAGUUUUACGUGAACGAGAACACGUUUAAGGAGCGUCUGAAGCUCUUCUUCAUCAAAAACCAGAGAUCCAGUCUGAGAGUGCGCCUCUUCAACUUCUUCCUGAAGGUGGUGAGCUGCCUGCUGUACAUCGUCCGAGUUCUGCUGGAUGACCCACGGGAGCAGAAGGACUGUCCUGGCUGUCUCAGACAGAAUGCCUCUGCACAGAACAAAAGCCAUUUUGACUGGUCCCUCAUUAUCUGGGUGAACAGACCUCUGCCACUUUGGGUGCUCCAGGUCCUUGUGGCUUUCAUCAGCUUUUCAGAAACCAUGUUGCUUGUCUACUUGAGCUACAAGGGUAACGUGUGGGAGCAAGUUUUACGUGUCCCGUUCAUCUUGGAGAUGAUCAGCGCUGUCCCUUUCGUCAUCACUGUGAUUUUACCUUCGCUUCGAAACUUGUUCAUUCCCGUCUUUCUGAACUGCUGGCUGGCCAAACAUGCCCUGGAAAACAUGAUCAAUGACCUACACAGAGCCAUCCAGCGCACCCACUCAGCCAUGUUCAAUCAGGUGCUCAUACUUAUCAGCACCCUCCUCUGCCUCAUCUUCACCUGUAUCUGUGGGAUUCAGCACCUGGAGCGAGCAGGGAAUAAUCUCACACUCUUCGACUCUCUGUAUUUCUGCGUGGUCACCUUCUCCACUGUGGGUUUUGGUGAUGUUACCCCUCAGAUCUGGCCCUCACAGCUCCUGGUGGUCAUCAUGAUCUGUGUGGCUCUCAUCGUGCUGCCCAUUCAGUUUGAGCAGCUGGCUUUCUUGUGGAUGGAGAGACAGAAGUCUGGAGGGAACUACAGCCGCUACAGAGCUCAGACUGAGAAACACGUGGUGCUCUGUGUCUCCUGUCUGAAGAUCGAUCUCCUCAUGGAUUUCCUCAACGAGUUCUUCGCUCACCCUCGACUGCAGGAUUACUACGUGGUGAUCCUGUGUCCAGCAGAGAUUGACGUCCAGGUGCGCCGGGUCCUGCACAUCCCGCUGUGGGCUCAGAGGGUCAUCUACCUCCAGGGUUCUGCACUCAAAGACCAGGAUCUGAUGAGAGCUAAGAUGGAUGACGCCGAGGCCUGUUUUAUCCUGAGCAACCGGUUCGAAGUGGAUCGUCUCGCUGCUGAUCACCAGACUAUUCUCCGAGCCUGGGCGGUGAAGGAUUUUGCCCCAAACUGUCCUCUCUAUGUCCAGAUUCUCAAACCUGAGAACAAAUUCCACGUCAAAUUUGCAGAUCAUGUGGUGUGUGAAGAAGAGUUUAAGUAUGCCAUGCUCGCCCUCAACUGUGUGUGUCCCGGCACCUCCACUCUGAUUACCUUACUGAUCCAUUCGUCCAGAGGACAAACAGCGCCUUCAGAAACCUUCAAGCAGCGAGGAGGAGCCUUUCAGCCCCUUCACAGGGAAGGAGGAGCGAACUCGGCCGACCAGUGGCAGCGUACGUACCGCCGCUGCUCGGCGAAUGAAGUGCAUCACAUCCGGCUGGAGGAGAGCAAGUUUUUCGGAGAGUACCAGGGCAAGAGCUUCACCUUUGCCUCAUUCCAUGCCCACAGAAAAUACGGCGUGUGCCUUAUUGCCGUACGGAGACUGGACACGGCCAACAUCCUUCUGAACCCUGGACCGUGCCACAUCAUGGGAGCUUCAGACACCUGCUUUUACAUAAAUAUCUCCAAAGAGGAGAACUCGGCCUUCGUCCGGGGACACAGAGAACCCAGCAGGGGCCCUGGAGACAGUUCCAGAGGCGUCCCACAGACCAUCUACCACGGACUCACGCGUCUGCCUGUCCACAGCAUCAUCGCCAGCAUGGGUACGGUGGCAAUAGAUCUUCAUGACUCCAGUGACAGCAGCCCUGAAGGCUCUGGCCCAGGGGGCAUCGCCCUGAGUACGGGAAGGACUGGACGCACAGGAACCCGUGUGGAAGUGGGUGGAGCCAACACAUUGGCCCCACCCCCUGUGGAUGACUCUGGUGAGGACAGAAGGCACAGCAUUGCUCCAGUCCUGGAACUUGUGGAUGGUGUCCAUGGUCCCACCUUCGACCUGCUGGGGGACCAAUCAGAAGACGAGGGGGGAGAGGACGGCAAAGAAGAAGAGGAGGAAGAGGAAGAGGAAGUGGCAGGUCGAGGAGAGCACAAGGGCCAGUGGUGGGGUAUGCAGGGCGAUAGGUGGGUAAAGGGUUACCCACUCAACUCCCCGUACAUUGGUAGCUCUCCUGCCCUUUGCCACCUCCUGCAGGAGAAGAUGCCCUUUUGCUGCCUUCGCCUUGAUAAGGCGUGUCAUCACAUGCCUUACGAGGAUGCUCGCUCAUACGGUUUCAAGAACAAGCUGAUCAUCGUGUCGGCCGAAAGUGCCGGUAACGGCCUCUACAAUUUCAUCGUGCCUCUGCGAGCGUAUUACAGACCCAGGAAGGAGCUGAACCCCAUAGUGCUCCUGCUGGAGAGCAUACCUGAAGCAGACUUCCUGGAGGCUAUCUGCUGGUUCCCCGUGGUCUUCUACACAGUGGGAUCCAUCGACAAUCUAGACAGUUUGUUACGCUGUGGCGUGACGUUCGCAGACACCAUGGUGGUGGUGGAUAAGGAGAGCUCGAUGAUCGCGGAGGAGGAUUACAUGGCCGACGCUAAAACCAUCGUGAACGUCCAGACGCUCUUCAGGCUUUUCCCAGCUCUCAGCAUCAUCACGGAGCUCACGCACCCAGCCAACAUGCGCUUCAUGCAGUUCAGAGUGAAAGACCAUUACUCACUUGCCCUCUCUAAACUGGAGAAGAAGGAGCGGGAGCGAGGCUCCAACCUGGUCUUUAUGUUCCGCUUGCCCUUCGCUGCAGGGAAGGUGUUCAGUGUCAGCAUGCUGGACACGCUGCUGUAUCAGUCCUUUGUGAAGGACUACAUGAUCUCUAUCACAAGAUUGCUUCUGGGGCUGGACUCCAUGCCUGGCUCAGGCUUCCUAUGUGCAAUGAAAAUCACAGAAGAGGACUUGUGGAUCCGCACUUACGGCCGGCUUUACCAGAAACUCUGCUCCUCCACAGGAGACAUUCCCAUUGGCAUCUAUCGCACAGAGGCUCAUAAACUUCCCGUGUCUGAGUCUCAGGUGUCCAUCACAGUGGAGGACUAUGAGGACACUCGGGAGCUGCGAGAGCCUCUGCUCUGUCGCUCUGGUCCUCAUCGUAACUCAACCUCUUCUGAGCCACUGUCCUCAUCCUCAUCAUCCUCCCAUGCCUCAGAUCACCCGCUGUUAAGGAGGAAGAGCAUGCAGUGGGCACGGCGGCUGAGCCGGAAAAGCGGACGUGGGUCGAGUGGUGCCAAAGGAACGGGCAGUGCUGCGGAGAGAAUCACGCAACAGAGACUUAGUCUGUUCCGCCGGUCCGAGAGGCAGGAGCUCAAUGCGCUAGUCCGCACUCGUAUGAAGCACCUCGGCCUCUCACCUUCUGGAUUUAAUGGGAUGAAUGACCAGGGCAACAGACUCUCCUACAUCCUCAUCAACCCCUCACCUGACACACGACUUGAGCUGCAUGAUGUUGUAUAUCUGAUCAGACCCGACCCUCUGUCUCUGGUGCCUAACCAGGGGAGCGGGCGGAAACCUUGUGUCAGCAAAUCCGACACGGAUCGCCACCGGUUUAACACGCAGGACAGCACACACCUCUGAUCGCACACCUGCACAACUACACAGCGGCCUGGAAGUGUGUGUGGGGUGUCUGUGUUAUGUGUGUAUGUGUGUGUAUGAGAGAGAGAGAGAGAGAGAGAGAGAGAGAGAGAGAGAGAGAGAAAGAGAAAGAGAGAGAGAGAAAGGAGACCCAGAGACCGGAGAAGACUGGACUGUGAACUGAUUCUGAUCAGUCAUUUCUUUUCUAUUCAGAAGACCCGAACGCAUGGACAGGUUACAUUUUAUUUAUGCACCGGUUUGGUUUAGAUUUGGUUUUUACUUCUUACCUUUUUUCGACUUUAUGGAAGCCGAGGCCACGUAAGUGCAUUUAAACGCAAGUCGUAAUUUCUAUUAGUCUACGUGCAUGUGAAUGUAUGUUCAGUAGCCAACAUUGCCAAUCCAUUCUGGACUGCCAAAGGAACAACGCUGCCAAAUGUCUGUUAAAGGAGGAAUAAAAAUCCUCUCUGUCUCAUAAGAAGCCCGUCGUGUCCCUUAUCGGCUCUGUGGUUCAUCUCAGAGAGUUAAUUUAUCCUUUUUUUUUUAUUUACACCCCAUAGCAGGGAUAUCAAAAAAGCUCCCUGUAGCAUUUCAACAUGUGCCAACAGCACAGCAGCCAAACAAAAGCUUAUUAAACUGGCAAGGACCCAUAUAAGUGAACUUUAUUCCCUUCUCCGUCUGUUUUUGCCCUUUUUGAAGGAGGCUGUUGAAACUUCUACAUGUUUAAUGAUGAUUUAAGUGUUUUUUUUUACACUUAGGAUCAUUUCUGUACACCAGUCAUCACUGUGUUUAGCGACGUUAGUCUUGAUGAGGAUUGUGGAUUUGGCUCUUCAUUUAUUUAGCUUUUUAACCCUGUUGCUUAACCUAUCGUUUUUGUCCUCCGUCACUCGACUGUGUAGUUGUUGGCAUGCGUAGAGAGGAGCCUGCAUGCCAGAAUCGCACCCCUACCGCUUUGUGCUCCAGCUGGCGUGAGGGUAUACGGCUGUCUUUAUUCAGUGCCAUUCACACACAAAGGCAUUAUGUAUGAAAUAAAAAAAUAAUCAAAACACCAAAUCACUGCCUUUUAUGAGUCUCAUUGUGAAGCAAAAAGCUGUUGAUGAGAGACCAUGUGAGUCACAGCAGCUAGAACUGAAUCAGUAUAGAACUCUGUUUUAACCCUGUGUAGAACUGCACAAUGCUGCCCUCUCCCACCACAGCCAGUGACUGACCACACCUAUACACUCAAACAAACUCCAACCACGCCCAUCUGCACCUACAAACUCUGACCAUGGACAUUUACACCCACAAACUCCGACCACGCCCGUUUGCUCCCACAAACUCCGACCAUGCCCAUCUGUUCCCACAGACACUGACAACACCCAUGCACUCCCACAGACACUGACCACACCCAUGCACUCUUACAGACACUGACCACACACAUCCACUCCCACAGACACUGACCACACCCAUCCACUCCCACAGACUUCGACGACACCCAUGCACUCCUACAGACACUGACCACACCCAUCCAUUCCCACAGACACUGACCACACCCAUCCACUCCCACAGUCUCUGUCUACACCCAUCUACUCCCACAGACACUGACCACACACAUCCACUCCAACAGACACUGACCACACACAUCCACUCCCACAGACUCUGACCAUGCCCAUUUUACUCCCACAGACACUGACCACACCCAUCCACUCCCACAGACACUGACCACACCCAUCUACUCCCACAGACACUGACCACACACAUCCACUCCCACAGACUCUGACCAUGCCCAUUUUACUCCCACAGACACUGACCACACCCAUCCACUCCCACAGACACUGACCACACCCAUCCACUCCCACAGACACUGACCACACCCAUCUACUCCCAAAUCGCCUGACUACUACUGUGAGAGACUGGUUCAAUACGUCUGUUCAAACGAUAAGCACUAAAACAACCUUAAAUACUAUAACAAAUUUCUAGCCACAUUAACGUAUCACCACUAGACAAUAAUUAUAGAAAUUUCACGUCAUACGUUCACUGGAAAUGAGCAUAAGGCUUCGUUUCUCAGGAACAAGAACGCCACUUUUGCCUCCUGGUCUUGAUUACACACCGACACUUUGCAUCUUUGUAAAGCCCUCACACUCUUUUGGCUCACGAAUAUAAAUAGACACAUUUACUCAGAUUGAUCAAAUGCUUCAUCCUGCAAACAGAGGAGAUGAAUCAUCACCUCACUGCUAAUGGCACUCCAGUUAAUGCUCUCAAGCCCUAUUAGUUACAAUUAGUCACAGAUGCAAUAUUUCAUUUCUCUUUCUGUCUAGACUUAAUGUGAUGUCAAUUCUCUAAUGGAUUUAAGCUGCGAAGUCACAGCCACCACCUAUACCAUCUACUGGAGGACAGAACAGACUGUUCUUCCAGCACUAGCGUAUAUAAACUGUAAAAUGCAAUAUAAGCAUGAUGUAUUAUGCUGGGUUAUAAGGACUGGGCCUUUUAAACCUAUGAAUUAAACUGAGAAUGGGAACAAAUACAUUAGAAAUUGGAUCUAAUGGGGAUCGAUUGCCCUCUGUGUGUGGAGUUUGCAUGUUCUCCUCAAGCUUCAGGGGGUUCCUCCAGGUGCUCCAGUUUCCUCCACAGUCCAAAGAUGUGUUGUAGGCUGAUUGGCAUCUCUUCGCUGUGUAGUUUGUGGGUCUGAGUGAGUGUCUGUGGUUGUACCCGAGGUAGGAUCCCCUGGAUAUAUGGAUGUAAGUAUGGAUGGAUGGAUGGAUGGAUGAAAAGAAAGAAGGAAGGAAGUUAGGAGGAAAAGAAGGAUGGGAUGAUGGAAUUGAAAUAAGGAAGGGAUGAUGUAUGGAUGCAAGCGAGAAAGGAAGGAAGGAAGGGAUGAUGGAUGAAUGAAACGAAGCAUGGAUGGAUGGAUGAAUGUAUGGAUAAAAGGAUGGGUGGAUGGAUAGAGGGAAGGAAGGAAGAAAGUCCUAAUAUCCUGGUCAGGAAUUUGAUCAUUGACUCACUAAUGAAUGAAGAUGGUUUACUGAGGGGUGUUAUAACAGCGUGUGCACUGGACCUUCACAGAACUGAAUUAUUUGCUUGUCUAAAAUCUGAAAUAUACAGAUAUGAUAUAGAGAUGAUAUAUACAGAUAUGAGAUAUAUACAGAUAUGAGAUAUACAGAUAUGAUAUACAGCAGAUAUGAGAUAUAUACAGAUAUGAGAUAUAUACAGAUAUGAGAUAUACAGAUAUGAUAUAUCACAGAAUUAAGUUUAUGGAGUCGGACAUUUUUGGUACUGUUUAAUUGAACAAACGAAACAAUACAAUGGUAAGAGCUCUUCCAUUCGAAACAGCCAGUCGUGAGCUCGGAUCAUCGGCAGCUCAUUUAACUUAACGCCAGCCAUGUUACUGUCAUUUGGCCGUAUUUUUCUCAUUAACACCUGGUCAGAGCCGAAACCUGCUCUGCUUUGGUUCACUGUCUGCCAAAACAAGCCAGUCGUAACAAGA